AUGGUAUCGGCAGAAGAACGUCGUUGGCGUUGGCAUAACCGUUGGCAUCGUAAUGAAACCACCAAUGGUAUCACCCAGACUGAUCAGGCAUCAAAGACGAACCAAAUGGGUCAAGAAACGAAAAAGGAUAAAGGGGAAACAUGGGAAGAAUUAGAUAAACUCAAAGGGUCUUUUAUGGCUUUAUGGGAAGAACGUAGGAAAGCCGCUUCAGAAGCUCAGAAUCAAGCGAAUGAACGUGCUAGAGAAUUCGCUAGAGAGAAGAUGGAUAGUUUAAGUGCUACUCUUGAGAUGUUGAGGCAGAGGUUGGAGAAAGAAGAUGAAGAGAAAAGGAGGGUAGUCUGA